GUCUUACUGGCACUUGAUUGCUUCGUGAUGGCAAAUAAUGAAAUGCUUCUGGAGUUAAAAAAGUCUGAGGGAAAUGACCAGUCAGAUCAUUCGGCAAGCAAGAUGAACCAAAAGCUCCUUGAACUCGCAGCACAAGAAGAAAAUACUGAAGAAUGGCGUAGAAAGUUCAAAGAAAUGUCCAAGGAGUUGGCUGAAAAGAUGACAUUCCAGGACACUCCAGAAAUGGAUGGUAAACCAUGCAACGACCAAUCAAUAAGUAAACUCCAGGACUCAGAUGCAGCUGCUAAAGACAAAAUCAUUACUGCAGUCCGAACCAAACUUUCCACGUUCAGUGGUCCAUUUUCAUCUCUUGCUAAAGACUCCUUAUCAAGUUUUAAUAUAAAAUGGGAAUGCCUCACCGAUGWUAGCAAGAAACGUGUCUUAGAUACUUUAAGUGUCAUAUCUUCAAACAUCGAGGCKUAUGGCAAUGCUGGCGAAGACCCUGUUAGUGCUAUAAAAGGAGCAAUUAAMAUCCUUGCUUCCAUAUCCAGUAAUUUUGGACCACAAGACCAGCUGCUUGCAAGUAUGGCUCAGAGKUUUGUAUCUGCUCUUCUUAGCUUGUUUGGUAAAGGAMCAGAACCGAAGACUUUGGGUGAGGUUGUCAGAGAACAUAUACAUAAUGCUCUAUCGCAAUAUCGCGACGAGGAGCUUAGUAGAAAAACCAYAGSAUUAUUAUCAGCAUUUCAACAAACUAAAGGRUACUUAAAUCUAGCUGCAAKGUCGGGAAGACCCGUCAGAAAAGAGAACUUGCCUGUUGUUUCAAAGGUAGUGGAAAGAUCACAAGGUGUGGCWUUUAUGGGAAAACUUGCAAGUGAAAUACUUGAGAUGUUCAACARUAACAAUAAUGGAAGAAAAGMCAUUARAUAUUGUGAGAUGUAUGCGCUGCUAGCRGUAUUCCGUGACAUCAUACWUACGCAAUAUAUUUCUUUGAUUCCGUCCACUGWCACUUUUAUUCACCUCAGUGGGAUGAUUAUUGAAMGAGAGUUAUUUAGAAGAUUGGCAGGAGCUGUACUCGGCAAGCUCUACACAGUCGACUACGAUAGCAAGAUCAUUCCCUAUUUUGAUCCAGAUGUAAGCGUUAUAACAGACACUUACUCRACAGAGAURUUGAAUAUGGGUAAAUACGAUCGUUCCAUGGCUGGUCUGCAUUGCCUUAUGACCGAAGUAGGAAACGUUCCCAAAGAUAUGAUUUGGCAACAAAGGUUUGAAAGUUACGAAGUGGAUGGCAAUCCCUACAUUGCAAGAAGGACUCAUAGCAAUAUCAACUGUUACUGGAAACUUGUACCCCAUGGGUAUAACACGUACAGCAUUGUGAACAAGCGUAGAUGUAAAGAGGGGAAUGAGUAUUGUGGUGYGUUGCUGUCAUGGAGUCCAGAUGGUAACGAAGCCUUUGUGGGCAUCUCAUCGGAUGACCCCGUUUUGUGGGAGAUUACGGGCAAUAAUUUGAAAGCAAUUAAAAACAAACGGGGUUGUGGUAAAUCACAAAGUGCAUGGUGCAACUACUUUCUAGUCCUGAAGAACAAGCCCCGUAAUGAUAACGGUUACCCACUGAACCUAUCUGUCGGGCAGUUGGUUCGUGCAGAAYUCUCACAYUYCUGGGAGAUUAGAAGUGCAU